AUGUCCCUUCCAAUAAUUGACAUCCUGCCGUAUCUCGAGGAUAAUCAUUCUCCUAGCAACGAGACUCAACGAAGGGAGGUAGCCGCUAAGAUCCAUAAUGCCUGUGUCGACUACGGAUUUUUCUACCUCGACAUAUCGCAAUUCUUUUCCCUUCCACAGGAGGAGAAGGAUAAGAUAGCCCUUAAAAAUGAAGAUCAAGCUAGAGGUUAUGCCAGAUUGAAAGAGAAUGUUACAAACGGCAAAGCCGACAACCACGAGGGCAUUGAUUGGUACCGUCCUGUCGAAAAUCCGGAUAAGACGAAGCCUCUUUGGGGGGAGAAUCAAUGGCCGACUGUGCCGACCUUCAGGGAGAAAUACGAGAAGUGGGUAGACAAGAUGAAGGCCUUAGGGUCGAUUGUAAUGGGAGCAAUGGCUGAUGGCCUUGGCAUGACUUCUGAAGAACGCGAAGACUUGUGUAGUCAAGUGGACGAUAGCUUUUGGGUGAUGCGUGCCAUAGGUUACCCUCCUCUGCCCAAUGAUCAUGAUGGGUUCUCUUGUGGUGCUCACAAGGACUAUGGCUGCCUUACAUUUCUGUGUACAGACCCUACACCUGCCGCCCUCCAGGUGUUCACACACAACGUAGACGUAGGAUCCGAUGUUUCCGAUCUUCCUGCUGAACAAGGAACCCAAGUAGGCUCGUGGAUAAACGCAGAUCCUAUCCCGGGCUGCGUCGUCUGCAAUAUCGGAGAAAUGUGGGAAAUCUGGACCAACGGCUUGUACAAGUCCACGCUCCAUCGCGUCGUCCACAGAAGCAAGAAUUACAGGGUGUCGAUUCCAUUCUUCUUCGAACCCAAUUUCGAUGCGCACGUAAAACCGCUUGCUGCGGCUCUGCGCAUUCAGGCCGGCAAGCCGAAUUCAGACGAGAAGGAGUACAAGCCUGUCGUCUAUGGCGACUUUCUACUAAACAAAGUCGGGAACAAUUUUGCAGACGGCAAGGGAAAGUAUUGAAUGGAUAUAAAUCUAUGGGGAGCAGCUACAUACAUACGGUUUUAAGGAUCUUUGUGGAAAAUAGAAGCGUAUAUUUCAAAGCAAUUCACUCUGCCAC